UGGGUCCAGGAGACUCCAGGAGGCCCCAGACGGGCCCGGGAGGCCCCAGGUGGGUCCGGGAGGCCCCAGGUGGGUCCAGGAGACUCCAGGAGGCCUCAGGAAGAUCCGGGAGGCCCCAGGUGGGUCCAGGAGACUCCAGGAGGCCUCAGGCAUAUCCGGGAGGCCCCAGGUGGGUCCAGGAGGCCCCAGGCGGUCCCAGGAGGCCUCAGGCAGAUCCGGGAGGCCCCAGACGGGCCCGGGAGGCCCCAGGUGGGUCUGGGUCCUGGUCUAACUGCAUCCAGCUGUGUUCUGCUGCGGCUGGACAUCGAAACCACAGACAGGACAAAACAGCUUUUCUUCUCAGCUCGACGUUCUCCCAGACUUUACAAACAGAUUUAUGACUCAGCUGAACACAGAAACUGCUGAUUGAUCAAUUGUAUUGAUUGUUGAUUGAUUCAUUGACUGAUCUCUUCUCAGGUGUCCCUCACGGAAUAAAGGUUUAAUGUGGAACCUCACUGCAGCAUGACAUCAUCAGGCCCCGCCCUAUCUGUCUGUAUACUUCCAGCCUCUGGUUUGGGCCGCCAUGUCUUUCUGUGGCCCCACUUCCUGUUGACCCUCUGGCUCUGGUUUGGUAACCAGGCGAGUGCCUCCCACCAGCACUUUCACCCCCACUCCAUAAAGAUUCCAGGUGACAUCACCCUGGGGGGGCUGUUUCCCAUCCACUCCCGUGGCCCCCAUGGGGUAAACUGUGGUGAGCUGAAGAAGGAGAAGGGGAUCCAUCGCAUGGAGGCCAUGUUGUACGCGCUGGAUCAGAUUAACAGUGACCCUGAACUCUUGCCGAACAUCACGCUGGGGGCCCGGAUCCUGGACACCUGUUCCAGGGACACCUAUGCCCUAGAACAGUCAUUGACCUUUGUCCAGGCGCUGAUCCAGAAGGACACAUCGGACAUUCGCUGUUCUAACGGCGAGCCGCCAAUCAUCCGCAAACCAGAGAGGGUCGUGGGCGUGAUCGGAGCAUCGGCCAGCUCCGUGUCGAUUAUGGUAGCGAACAUCUUGCGGCUCUUUGAGAUUCCUCAGGUGAGCUAUGCUUCCACAGCGCCAGAGCUCAGCGACAACAACCGCUAUGACUUCUUCUCUCGGGUCGUUCCUCCCGACUCGUACCAGGCUCAGGCCAUGCUGGACAUCGUUAAAGCCCUGGGCUGGAACUACGUCUCCACGCUGGCAUCUGAAGGAAACUACGGGGAGAGCGGAGUGGAGGCCUUCAUACAGAUCUCCAGAGAGGCCGGUAUGCACCUGUCACCUGUCAUGACACCUGUCUGCUGCCUUAUUAAGUCUCUGUGCAUGACUUUGUCAGGUGGGGUGUGUAUUGCUCAGUCAGUGAAGAUUCCCCGUGAGCCAACGGCUGGAGAAUUUGAUAAGAUCAUCAAACGUCUGAUGGAGACCAGCAACGCCAGAGGAGUGAUCAUUUUUGCCAACGAGGAUGACAUCAAGCGUGUUCUUGAGUCGGCGAGGCGCGCGAACCUGACCGGACACUUCCUGUUCGUCGGCUCGGACAGCUGGGGAGCAAAGAGUUCACCAAUUGCAGAUCUAGAAGAUGUUGCCGAGGGAGCCGUCACCAUACUGCCAAAGCGGGCUUCCAUUGACGGCUUUGAUCAGUACUUCGUGUCACGCUCUUUGGAAAACAACCGCAGGAACAUCUGGUUCGCUGAGUUCUGGGAAGAUGACUUCAGGUGCAAGCUGAAUCGUCCUGAGAUGAAACUGGACCCAGACAAGAAGAAGUGUACAGGCGACGAGCGGAUUGGCAGAGAUUCAUCCUACGAGCAGGAGGGAAAGGUCCAGUUUGUUAUCGAUGCUGUCUACGCCGUCGCUCACUCGCUGCACAACAUGCACCAGGACUUGUGUCCAAACAGCCACGGUGUCUGCAGCGGCAUGGACCCCGUGGAGGGACGGCUGCUGCUGGACUACAUCAGAGCGGUCAACUUUAACGGAAGUGCAGGGACAAGCGUGCUGUUCAAUGAAAACGGGGACGCGCCGGGACGCUAUGACAUAUUUCAAUAUCAGAUGACCAAUCACAGCCAUCCUGGUUACCACGUGAUUGGCCAGUGGACCAACAACUUAAGACUUAAUCUAGACGAGAUGCAGUGGUCCGGAGGAGACAAGUCGGUUCCGGAGUCUAUCUGUAGCUUCCCGUGUCGUCCAGGUGAGAGGAAGAAGAUGGUGAAAGGAGUUCCCUGUUGCUGGCACUGUGAGCUCUGCGAUGGCUAUCAGUACCAGCUGGAUGAGUUUACCUGUGAGGCCUGUCCAUCAAACAUGCGCCCCGCCCCCAAUAGGACCGCCUGUCGUCCCACCCCCAUCAUCAAGCUGGAAUGGAACUCUCCUUGGGCCGUAGUGCCCACCUCACUCGCCAUGUUAGGCAUCCUGACGACCAGCGCUGUGGUGGUAACCUUCAUCCGCUUCAACGACACCCCCAUUGUGAGGGCAUCAGGGCGGGAGCUCAGCUAUGUCCUCCUGACAGGUAUUUUUCUGAUCUACCUGAUCACCUUCCUGAUGAUCGCUGAGCCAGGUGUGGCGGUGUGUGCGUUACGACGCCUUCUGCUGGGCCUCGGCAUGGCCAUCACUUAUUCUGCCAUGUUAACCAAAACCAAUCGCAUCUACCGCAUCUUUGAGCAGGGUAAAAGGUCGGUGACCCCGCCCAAAUUCAUUAGCCCCUCUUCUCAACUUGCCAUCACCUUCAUCCUUAUCUGUGUCCAGGUUCUUGGUGUGUUUGUGUGGUUUGCUGUGGUUCCUCCUCACACCAUCAUUGACUAUGAGGAGCUCCGCCCCCCAAACCCAGACCUGGCGAGAGGCAUUCUGAAGUGUGACAUGUCUGACCUGUCAAUCAUCUGCUGCCUCAGCUACAGCAUCGUUCUCAUGGUAACAUGCACGGUGUAUGCAGUAAAGAGCCGUGGGGUCCCUGAGACAUUCAAUGAAGCAAAGCCCAUCGGCUUCACCAUGUACACGACCUGCAUCGUGUGGCUCGCCUUUGUGCCCAUCUUCUUUGGUACUGCUCAGUCCACUGAGAAGAUGUUCAUCCAGACAGCCACUCUGACUGUGUCCAUGUCUCUGAGUGCCUCUGUCUCACUUGGGAUGCUCUACCUGCCCAAAGUCUAUGUCAUCGUUUUCCAACCAGAGCAGAAUGUCCAGAAGAGAAAGAAGAGCUUCAAGGCUGUUGUUCAGGCGGCCACGUUUUCUCAGAAGUCACUCCCAGAGACACGAAACGGGGAAACAAAGAUUGAACCAGAUAGAACUCAGUAACUCUACAAGACACAGGUUCCCACCCCCAACUGACAAAAACACAUCCAGCAGGACUUUAGACGACACUAACGUUGGACAGUUGGACCUUCAUCCUACUGCUCGCCUCGUCAUCAUCUUCUUCAGUCUCAUAGUCCGAGGAGUUGAUUCAGAACCACCUGAUUCUGACCCGUACAUCAGCUUAAUGAUAAAUGUGAUGUAAUGAAUUGAACAUGAAAAAUACAGUUUAGCACUUGUGAGAAAAGCUUUGGAUGUGGAUUAAGAAGCUCUCCUCUCCCACCUAAAUAACCCCAUCACUCAUUUUUUAUUCCAUCCAUCUUCAUCCGCUUAUCCGGAGUCGGGUCGCGGGGGCAGUAGCCUAAGGCGAGAGGCCCAGACUUCCCUCUCCCCAGCCACUCGGGCCAGCUCCUCCAGGGGAAUCCCAAGGCGUUCCCUGGCCAGGUGAGAGACAUAGUCCCUCCACCGUGUCCUGGGUCUUCCCUUGGGUCUCCUCCUGGUUGGACGUGCCCGGAAAACCUCACCAGGGAGGCGUCCAGGAGGCAUCCUGAUCAGAUGCCCGAGCCACCUCAAUUGGCUCCUCUCGAUGUGGAGGAGCAGCGGGUCUACUCAGAGCCCCUCCCGAAUGACCGAGCUUCUCACCCUAUCUCUAAGAGAGAGCCCAGCCGCUCUUCAGAGAAAACUCUUUUCGGCCGCUUGUAUCCGUGAUCUUGUUCUUUCGGUCGCUACCCAAAGCUCAUGACCAUAGGUGAGGGUAGGAACGUAGAUCGACCGGUAAAUCGAGAGCUUCGCCUUCUGGCUCAGCUCUCUCUUCACCACGACAGACCGGUACAACGCCCGCAUCACUGCAGAUGCAGCACCAAUCCACCUAUCGAUCUCACGCUCCAGUUUUCCCUCACUUGUGAACAAGACCCCGAGAUACUUAAACUCCUCCACUUGGGGCAGGACUUUUUUAUUCCUUACUUAAUAUUAGCAGAUAAUAGAAUCACGUCACAAAACUAAAACGUGUUUUUAUUCUCUUUUUAGGCACCUGGGGACCAAUUCCUGUGCAGACCUUGACAACUUCAUCAUAAAGAUCACAAUAGCACACACCGACAUUCAAGUAAAACGUAUAAAUACAGAUUUAUUUGUGUUUAAAAACCAGGUGUUUUAGUGGACGUUUUCUCUAAAGUAGAUAUCAGAUUUGAUAGCGUUGUGGAGCUCAGUGAAGAAUAAAAAGUACUCGUUGGUUGAACUGUUAAGGGGAUCCUAGUCUAGAACUCCUAAAAUUCAAACCAGUUCUUUAAAGCCUCUAUUUAGAAAAUUACACUUUGUUGGGGCUCACAAUGGCCCAGGAGCCCUGAUGAAUGGCCGAACACAACCCAAUAAUAAAGACCUACAAUGGAAAGACUGGUUUGCCCCGUCCACUUGGCCAGGACAUGAAUAUUAAAUGAGCUGUGUGCUGAUAGGCCAACUUACCCCGAUGGCUCUGACGCUGCCUGAAGCUAUCUCUGGGUGUUUCUCAAUGCCAAGGAACCUUGCCUUGAUGUCUUGGCCCCGCCCCGGUUGCCUAGGAGAUACGUCAUCGGGAGCCGCCAAGACGUGUUCCAAUGUUCAUGUUCUACCGAGGUUCCGUUUGUUAGCCAUUUAGCUAGCUGAGCGGGGAUACAUGGGAGAUGUCUUGUAGCCUAGUCUUGGUCAAACAUUACCCAGAAUACACCGCGGUAUUUUCAAAAGGACGGCGGAUCAGAAGCCGGCGGCUACUUCGGGGGCAAAUUUCAAGUUUAAAAGUAAGUCAGCUAAUUUAAAAUGUUUUUUUUUUAGAUCCAAAGAAGUUAUCUAUGGUUGGUUAGUUGCUUAGUAGUUGCAGCUUCUGUGGCUAGCGGGUAGUAACUCACUUAUAUUUUUGAUUUAAUAAACAUAUCUCGUUAUAUAUUUAUAUUGAAACUAAUACAUAUAAAAUAUGACCUCAUCUCCCGUGUCACGUGACGUUACGUGACCGCCAUGGAAGCCACGGUCACGUGAUGCAAGUCUGUUCCAUUUAACCGUUUUCUUUGACCAAGGAAGGACCGUGUCCUCGUAAGCAAGGCGCCUGGCCUCACAAGACAUCGCCUCGCAAGGCCAGGCGCCUUGACAUUGAGAAACAUCCUCUGUGUCCAGUAUCCAGAUAACUUAAUAGGGGAACUAUCGGUCUAUCUGGCAUUUAUUCAUAGUCUGGAUAUUCCCAGAACUUCCUGGACAUUGUGUGCUCUGACAUUCUUCUUCUUUGUUGUUUUCCUCUUGUCCAACAAGGACGUUAGCUGUAGCUCAGGUUAGCGUUUGCAGUAGCUCUGCGGUUCAGCAUUACUUCUACCAACAUUUAUAAUGGCAGAUUCGGAAGAGGGUUGGGGCAUGCAUAAUUAAGGGUGAUUUGGAAACCUAGAAGGUAUUUUGGACCACCAUGUGACAUAACAUCAGCUGGACAGUCCUGAUGGACCUGCUGCCCGUAUUCUCCAUCGUGGCUUAUGUUGUACUAUGUUAUUCAUGAGGCAGAACUUCUGUCACCUCUGGGACAGACAAUAAAGCAGUUUCAUUUCCAGUCA